UAAUAAUCAAGUCGGGUCAUUAUAUAAAGUUAUAAAUGUUUUCUUGAGAUCUGAUUCUUAAAAGCAUAGUCAGCACGGCGGAAUUUCCAUAAUCCCCCGAACCAUUAGGACUCGGUUUCGAAACUCUUCUAGGUCACAUCUUUUUCUCUAUUUUUUUGACACAUCUCGAUCUUCCUCGUCGUUUUCCGUUUGAUUUUAGCUCUGAAGCUAUCGGUUUGAAAUUUAGCAGUAGAAUUCCGGUCAUCCAUUGUUUCGAUCUUAGCAAAAACCGUUUUUCCGUCAUCGGAGCGAUUUGUGUACGCCAUGGAUUCAGAUCUAAAGACCGUUUCUUCUCCUAGAAAGAUGAAAUUUAAACCGAAGUUACCAAGAACUCCGAAGAAACCCCUUACACCGAAGAAGUACAGAAAUCCCUUUGGUUCCUCUAUCCCUUUCAUUUGUUUCUUUUCUCCUGUGAAGUAGUUUUCUUUGUUUUUGUUUUUAAUUAAAUUAUAAAUUGCAGAGAGGUUGGUGGAGCUGAUGACGAUGGAGAUGAUGGCGAGAUCAAUGAAGCUCUUCUUCGCAAAGUUAACGUAAACUCACGCGCUCUCUCUCUCUCGUUGAUUGUUUUUUACCGGCCUCGUUCAUAUUUGAUAUACUACUACUAGCAAUGAAGUAGCAUUCUGUAGCAGAUAUAUGUUUUGUUAAUUAAAUAAAGUAAACAAGUUUAGAGGUUUUGUGUUUUUAUUUUAUUUUUAUCUUUUUACUGGGGGGUAACUGGUAAGCAAGGUAAUUAGUAAAUAAUAUGCUGGCAUAAUUGGAAUAAUAGUUGAUUAUGAUGGCCUUUUUUCAGUUGAGAGAGUAGAGGUAACUAAUUGAAUUGUGUUUACAGGAUCAUUUGUCAGGGAGACGACCUCAAGCUAGCAAGAAAUGUAAUAGCUUAAACUUUUUCCUUUAGAAUUACUUCUUUCCUUGCACUCGGUGUUUAUCCCCCCGAAUUUUGAACACUAAAUUUACUUUUCAAAGAAACGACCAUGUUGCAGCUUUAAAAUGAUCAAAUGGAUGAACCGUGUUGAAAUGCUCUGAAUCAUUUAUAAUGCGAUAAAUCCUUGAGGAGAUUUUGGUUUAUUAAGGCUACCACCUCACACACCUAUGUUUGAAACUUUCAGCUUCUGUUGAAGUCGUAUUCACUCAAGGAGUCGCAUCAUCUUCUCCAAGGAUGCAUAGCAUAGCUAAGGGGGAGUCUGGGGGCACGAGUGAUGACAUAGGAUCAAGUGACUUUGCUGAAAAUACUAGUCAAAUCCUUUAUUUGCCCCCAACAAGCACCGACUGUGUUGUAAAAAAUGAACCAAGCGCGAUGGGUUCUAUGUUGAGGCAGAAGAAAAGAGCUUACAAAGAGCCUUGGGAUUACAACAACAGCUACUACCCUAUUACCCUUCCACUAAGAAGACCUAACUCUGGAGAUCCAGAGGUUCUUGAUCAAGAGGAAUUUGGAGAGGCUGGAACCUUCCCUGACUAUGAUGAAAGUGCUUUACAUUCUGCUUCAGACCUUGGUCUGAUGGAGGAAGAUGCUAGAGCUAAGAUGCUUUUUCUUCAGCUUCCUGCUGAUCUUCCGUUGGGCCAGUGCCCCGCUACUGCAGCUAGCAAGGAUGCAUCUGGCAUUUUUAAACUUCCAGGACAUGCUUCAGCAGAUCUACAUUCUGUAGAGAAAGCUGGUGGUUCUACAACUCCCGGAACUGUUGCUUUGUCGAAUGGAAAUGGAACUGUUGCUUCGCCCAAGCGAAAGGAAACGGUUGCUUCAUCUAAGGGAAAGGGAAAGGGAAAGGAAAUUUGUGUCCCCACCUCAACGAUUCCUGGUGAUGUAAAGGGAAAAGAGUUUGUGGACAAGUCAAUUUCUUCCGGGGGGGCAAACUUUGCGAAGGGAAGUUCCGAGUUACCAGUCGGACAUAUGGGCAAAUUGUUGGUCUAUAAGAGUGGUGCGGUUAAGUUGAAGCUUGGAGAUAUUUUAUAUGAUGUCACUCCUGGUUCGGAUUGUAUCUCCGCACAGGAUGUUGUGGCAAUAAAUACAAUGGAAAGAGACUGUUGUGUGGUGGGAAAACUUACUAAGCGGGCUGUCGUGACUCCAGAUGUCGAUAUCCUAUUGGAUCAUCAUGUGAUUAAUAUCUGAUGCUAAUUUGUGAUUAGUCUGACCUAAUAGGCGUAAAUGGGGAGUGUGCAUUUAGUCUGAUGCAAGUGGAUUCUGUGUUUAAUCUGGCCAAAUGGUAGUGACAUUGGUGUAAAUGGGUAAUGUGCCUUCGUAUUAGUACUGGAUGAUGCCUUGUCUGACCUGAUUGCACAUGAGAUGAGACUGAUAUUUGUCAUCUUUUUGGUUGCUGAUGCUCAUAAGUAAAAAGCGGAAAAAAGUAAAUCAAUAUUUCACCCA